AUAAAGUGAAUACUACCAGUCAUUCAGCCACUGCCAAUUCUUGAGGAUAGGCAAGUCUUACCUGCAAAUAGAAAGAAAAAAAUCUUGGGUUAGAAGGUUUUGUCGACACAUUCCGAAGAACUUGCGAAAUAGUUAUUAUUACAGACAGCCUUUGAUUUAAGCCCCAAAUAGGUUGCAAACAUUUACAGUUAGGGUGCCUUUCCGCAGACAGAAAGAACAAGUUGGGCGGACCACUUCUUUUGUGGAAUCCAGCUUUAGAAAACAGGAAUAAAUUAUCGAGACCUUUGCAUAUUUGAGUAACCGAUGAUGGCUAAGACCUGCGUCUAGAUCAGAUGGAAAAGCCAAACAAAGGUUCGAAAAACAAGUUUGAGUAGCAACGCUCAAUGCGACCUGGUCAAUGGAUAUGCAAAUUAGUACUGACCGUGGGGAGAGGGAACCCGACUCCACUAGCCCACAGGUUAGUGUCAAAAUGUGCGGCAAUCCGAAUACGCGUUUGCUCUCCCGGCUAGUCAUCGACUUUCUCAUCCUCCUGGGGAUCUUUGGCGUUGCCCUGGUGCUGCUGCCUCAAAAGCUUCCCACUACCCAGCGGGGCUUCCACUGCAGUGACCUGAGUCUUCAGUACCCCUAUCACCAACCUUGGUUGACCAAGGUCCAUCUCACCAUUGCAGUGGUGGUCCUUCCCGCCUCCUUCAUCCUCGUGGUCGAAAUGGUCAGAGCCGCCUUUGUGCCGGAAUCGACAGAGCUGAAGCAGCGCUUCGUCUUCGUGGGUGCGCGAAUUCCUAGCUUCAUCAGCGAGUGUUACAAAACAGUGGGAGUAUAUUUAUUCGGCCUGGGUCUAGCCCUACUUACGAUCCGUGUGACCAAGCACUCCACUGGUCGACUGCGACCCUAUUUCUUCGACGUCUGCCAACCCACGUGGGGCGAGGAGGGCGACGGAAAGUGCGUCGGGGCGGCCGGGGGCAACUCCACUUCCUACGUUGAGGAAUUUGACUGCACGGAUUUCGCGACUCCCGCUGAUCUAGUAUCUAUUGUGCGCCACUCCUUUCCUAGCGGAUUCGUGACCACCACCGUCUAUGCCAUGGCUUUUCUCAUAUUCUACGCCCAAGCCCGGAUGUUUGCUCCCUGGAUGCGGUUUCUCCGCGCCACUCUACAGUUGGCUUGCGGAUCCCUGGCUCUGGGCGUCUGCUGGGAGCGCAUAUCAACCUACCAGAACCAUUUGACAGAUGUGGCGGCGGGAGCUGCUCUCGGCGGGCUACUAGCCUUCUACAGUGCCGUCGUGGUGGCUGGUCUCUUUACUGAGGUGCGAGUGAAGCGGCGCCAGUGGCCCAGGAACGAACAGAUCUACGGCUAUGCAGGGUACUAUAAUAGAGCUACAUAUGGAUACUGAAUAAAUGUACCUUACAUUU